UUAGUUAAAUGGCAUGUAUAAAUUCAGCCACCACGAGUCUUCUCUCUCUCUCCGUGCCAAGCCCCAAACUUCACAGCUUCAUUGGAGUCUGAGAAGAAGCCUGAAAUCUCUCUAACAGAGCAAAAUGGGUAUCUCUCGUGAUUCUAUGCACAAGAGACGUGCCACUGGAGGCAAAAAGAAGGCUUGGAGGAAGAAGAGAAAGUAUGAGCUUGGGAGGCAACCUGCUAACACCAAGCUGUCAAGCAACAAGACAGUUAGGAGGGUUAGGGUUAGAGGUGGAAACGUCAAGUGGCGAGCCCUGAGGCUCGAUACAGGAAACUACUCAUGGGGUAGUGAGGCUGUGACCCGUAAAACUAGAAUUCUAGAUGUGGUGUAUAAUGCCUCUAACAAUGAGUUGGUCCGUACUCAAACUCUGGUGAAGAGUGCCAUUGUUCAGGUUGAUGCUGCUCCAUUCAAGCAGUGGUAUCUCCAGCAUUACGAUGUUGACAUUGGUCGCAAGAAGAAGGCUGCAGCUUCAGCCAAGAAAGAAGCUGAGGAAGGUGAGGCUCCCACUACUACUGAAGAGGCAAAGAAGAGUAACCAUGUUGUAAGAAAGCUGGAGAAGCGACAAAAGGACCGCAAGCUUGACCCACAUAUUGAAGAGCAAUUUGGUGGUGGUCGUUUGUUAGCUUGCAUCUCAUCACGACCUGGUCAGUGUGGUCGUGCUGAUGGAUACAUCUUGGAGGGCAAGGAGCUGGAGUUCUACAUGAAGAAAUUACAGAGGAAGAAGGGCAAGGGAGCUGGUGCUGCUUAAAAUUUUGAUUGCUGAACUCCACAUCUUCCAGAUCAAUUUUUCUAGUUCCACCUUUGUGUUUUCUCUUUUUAGAUCAACAUUGAACUUGAGAUGAUAUGAGUUAUUAAACCUGUUUUGAAACCUUGUUAUUGUUUAAUAUUUAAUUUUGGAUGCUCCAACCAGGUUUUCCUAGAAUUAAUGGUACCUGAGUUUUUGUCCUUAAA